UCAAAGCAAAGCUUUUCUGCUGGAGAAGGAUUACAGACACACAGGGACGUUUCUCACGGUCGCUGGCUUUACUCGAUAACUGCGAGAGGAACAUUUUUAAGCUUUACUUAUCAUUGAAAGGUAGUUUUAUUAAGCAUUGUGUGUAGUAUAUGUUUAACUUAUUUUCAUUAUAUUAAAACAGAACAGCUUCUCUUGUGCUACAACAACAAAGGACCCUGGGAUACGUUUGUGCAACUCGAAUGAUUAUCUUUUAUUUUCACGCAUAAUUUAUCUGCAACCAACAGUAUUUAUUAUACUAAUAUUAUAAUAUACUAUUAUACAAAUAUCGCUUGUAGCAUUAGCAUUGUUUUAAGAUACACGUAUUCAUUAACGCUUGAUUGGUUCUGCAGUAAACUAGAGACGCAAUUUGCGUAAUAAAAGAGUUGCUUUUGCGUCACUUUCGCGGGUUUUGCAUUUCGUGCGCAAAAUGAUGCGGAUACCCAGAGGGAUUUCUCCUGCUUCGGGAAGAGGCGCAGUAUCUGGACUCUCGUGUCCACAGAAGAAAAUGUUCUCCGCGGUGAGGACGGAUUUUUUCACCACGGGACUGGCAAGUCCACCGAUGAAUUCGGUACCGGCUGGAUACUUCACUCAGAUCGGGAACACGACAGCUGUGGAGCAGAGACCCAACUGUUUGUACGCGACCCCCCACGGGCCCGAGCCUAAGCCGGUGCGGACUUCUUCCGGGCGGCUACCGGCUAAGAGGAGGCUAGAUCUGGAAGAGCCACUUUAUCUCCCAGAGUUUCGUACUCCAAAAGGGAAAGGAAACGCUGCAUGUGCGAGAGCAUCAAGCCCCAAAACUCCUAAAUCUCCAGGAGAACGCACCCGUUACGAUACCUCCCUUGGCCUGCUGACUAAGAAAUUUGUGGGCUUGCUGAGUGAAUCUGCUGACGGGGUUCUGGAUCUAAACUGGGCCUCAGAGGUUCUGGAGGUUCAGAAGAGACGCAUCUAUGACAUCACCAAUGUUCUGGAAGGAGUGCAGCUCAUCCGCAAGAAAUCCAAAAACAAUAUCCAGUGGCUGGUCAGUGGUGUGUUUGAAGGCUCGUCCAGCAACUCUGAGAAAGCCAGCUCUCUCAAGAAAGAGCUCUCUGAACUGGACAGGCAGGAGAAAGCUUUGGACGAUCUCAUACAGUCCAGCUCAACACGACUACGAGAAAUGACAGAGAGCAAGGACAACCAAAGAUUAGGCUAUGUGACAUAUCAGGACAUUCGCACCAUAACCAGCUUGAAAGAUCAAACUGUGAUCGCUGUCAAAGCACCAUCUGAAACCAAACUGGAAGUUCCAGAAGCAUCGGAGGGCUCUCUGCAGAUUUACUUAAAGAGCAAGAAUGGCCCUAUCGAGGUGUACUUGUGUCCUGAAGAGUGUUUGGAGUACACUAGUCCCAUCAAGAAUGCCACACCCAGAAAAGAUUACCCACAAACCCCCAGUGCCACCACACCCUCCGUUUUCCCACCUGCUAAACCCCAGCCAGUCGAAGGUCCAAAGAAUCAGCCCUCGAUGGCCGCGAGCACCAGUGGAAACGGCUCUCUGUUGGACGUGGAGGGCAUUCUGGAUCUACCUCCCAGCCUUCUGCAGAUCACGGAAGACCAGCUGCCCGGGAUGGCCUUCGCAUCUGACCCCUCUGGGCCCUUUGUCAGUUUCUCUCCUCAACUCGGCCACGAUGAUUACCUCUGGGGUCUGGAGGACGGAGAGGGCGUUUCAGACUUUUUUGACACUUACGACCUAGGAGAUCUGCUCAAAACAUGAGGCAUUCAGUGUGAUGAACAGUCACUGAUCUGAGAGUUCAAUUGUAAUUAGUUCGAUUCAGACCCAAAUCCUGAAGUGAAAGACUUGUUUUUAAAACACUGCUUGAUGAUAGAUUGAAGUUUGUAUUAAAUGCACUACUGAAUUGGCUAGAAUAAAGUGAAUGUCUAUUUUAAAGGGAUAGUUCACCUUUAAAUGAAAAUAUUGUCAUUUAUUAAUCCUCCAAGUUUCUUGUUUCUGUUGAACACAGAAGUAGAUAUUUUGUGGAGAUUUUGACACCUAUAGUUGGAAAAACGCUAUGGGUGUCCCUGUUUUCAGCGUGUUUUAUAAUAUGUUCUUUUGUGUUCAACAAAGGACAGAAACUCAAACAGGUUUAGAUCAUGUAGAGGAGUAAAUGAUGACAGAAUCAUCAUUUUAGUGGGUGAACCAUCCCUUUAACUACUAUAGUGAUUAGAAUCUAGAUGCCCUCUAGAGGAGAUCCAGGAGUUAGAAUUAGUACACUAUAAAGCCAUGUUUUUUUCUGUCAGCCAUAUUACCUACAGCAAGGUAUGUCUGCCUGUAUAAGUUUAGGAUAUUUUUGACAAAGCUCAAAUGAAUUUUGUCAAGUUGUUUGUUUAAUUAUUUCAAUUUUCUAAUUUAAAUAUUUGCCCAUUUGCAAAGAUUUUGGUCAUUAUGACUUAAGCAUCGACCAAAAAUCAAGUGCUAGGUGCUUGCGUUGUCUAGGUAUGAACUAGAAUGUUCAUUAGUAUUGAAUGAGAUGCAACUCAGGUGAUUUUUAAAGCUUUUCUACAGCUUUAAUUUUUGUAGUACUGUCAGUCAUCGCCAGCAGAGGGCAGUGUGACCAUUUUUCAGCCGUCUGCAAACAAAGGUGCUUCUGCAGAUGUAGAUAGACGAAAGUAUUACAGAGAGAGUUUGUAAAAACGGUGGGCCUCUGCUUCAAAGUCAGACUCUGAGAGCAGAAAAUCUCUUCUAAGACAUUCUACCUCCAUCUUUUUGUCACUGUGAGGUAAUAACCUUGAUCUUCUAACAGUGGCCUUUCUCAUGGCUCUGAAACAUGAUUAUGUAGUUCAACAUAACGCCUCAAGAAACAAGGUUUUACCGCUGACGCACGUCUGUUCAACCUCAGGGAAUGUCCAGAUCUGGCAGCUUCUUUUUGCAUUUCCAAAUGAGUAACUCAAAGUGAUGAAUUUGUGUUUUUGUAGUCUCUUUGAUGCCUUUAGGAUCAGUUGUUCCUGAAAUUACGGUAAUGGUGUUCUCAGGGUUUGCUGCUGGACUGUCUGAGUUUAAGGACUUUCAAUGGAAUCUGGCAGAAACCUUUGAUAUUGUUUGAACACAAAGUGAACUUUGUUUCUAUCCAGGCUUGUUGUUUUUUUUUUCUCCUUUUUGGAGUUGGGAUUCUUGCCCCACCUGAAUGGUAGGUUUUAUAGCUGGAGAGACGAAGCAGGAUUUAACCGUUUCAAUCUGGUGUGUAUGUGUGUGUAAAGCUACACACUUGGAGACGUUAUGACAAGCUAGCCAGUUAUGCAGUAAAAUUGUUCUUGUUCUGAAGCAAAGAUUUCUCAGUCGGACUGAGUAAAAAAAGUGUUUGAGUAGUUGUUCAUCUGAUUUCAUUAACUUGAACGUGACUUUGGAAGUGUGUACAAAGUUUUACUUGGGGGUUUGCUUCACUCAACUGUCCCACAUGUGGACAAAUGUCCUGUCCUAAGAAACUUGAAAAUGUGCGUCUGUAUAUGCAUGAGUGUGCUGAAGUGUGGACUGAUUUUUUUAUUUUUUUGGAAGUUUUGUGGAUUGGAUUGUAGUUUAUAGUUGGGG